GGAAGGAGGCAAGAACCGUUUUGAGUAGUGUGAGAGGGUCAGUCUUAAUGUCCUGUUGGCCAGGGGCUCGGGGACUGGACCCUGCAAGCUACCAAACUUGCUUUUUAGCAAGUUGGGCCCGGGGUCCGGAACCCCAGGGGCCCCUACCCCGGGGAAAGUGUGGGUUUUUAAAAAUUCUCUCAGUGACCCCCGGUGCCCGUCAGGAUUUCCCAGCAAGCUCUGUCUACUCUGCCUCCCAAAUAAAUCCUGAAUCAACCAACUUUCUUCCAAGUCCACUGCCAACCACCUUCUUCUCCAAGCCACCAUCAUCACCCGCCCCAGAGUGCAGUAGCCUCUGAAUGGAGCUCGGGACCACGUUCUUCUCCGGUUUCCCUUCCUUCCCGCGUCAUCUUCCUCAAAGCAGCUUAGGGGGAUCUUCUGGAAACCUUACCAGUUCACAACGCCACCGUAUUCCCUGAUCAAAAUCCUUCAAUGACACAGUGCAGUCCAAACUCUGCCUCUGCUUGUUCUCCAAACCCCGUCCCAUCCUGCAUCACUCUAUGAUGCUGAGCAAAGGUCUGAAGCGCAAGCGGGAGGAGGAGCAGGAGAAGGAAACCCUGGCAGUGGACACCUGGUGGCUGGAUCCCAGCCUCCCUGCUGCAGCCCAGGCCCCCCCACCCGCCACCUCCAGUUCCCUCUUUGACCUUUCGGUGCUCAAGCUCCACCACAGCCUGCGGCAGAGCGAGCCGGACCUGCGGCACCUGGUUCUGGUAGUGAACACGCUGAGGCGCGUCCAGGCAUCCAUGGCCCCCGAGGCGACCCUGCCACCUGUGCCCAGACCCUCUGCGGCCCCUUGUGUGGCUGACAGCCUGCUGGCCAGCUCCGAUGCCGCCCUCUCGGCCUCCAUGGCCAGCCUGCUGGAGGACCUCAGCCAUAUCGAGGGCCUGAGCCAGGCCCCCCAGCCCUUGGUGGACGAGGGGCCCCCAGGCCGCCCAGCCGGGGGAUCCCCACCCAGCCUGGGUGCCUUGGACCUGCUGGGCCCAGCCACUGGCUGUCUGCUGGACGAUGAGCUCGAGGGCCUGUUUGAGGACAUUGACACCUCUAUGUAUGACAGUGAACUUUGGGCACCAGCCUCCGAGGCCCUCAAACCUGGCCCUGAGGAUGGACCUGGCAAGGAGGAGGCUCUGGAACUGGAUGAGGCCGAGUUGGACUACCUCCUGGACGUGUUAGUGGGCACACAGGCCCUGGAGCGGCCACCGGGUCCGGGGCGCUGAUGCCCACAGCGGGGAUGGUAGUCUGGUGUCCCAACUGAGCCUGGUGGCCGGACCAGCUCUCCUCUGAAAGACAUAGCUGGCUUCCCUAGAACAGAGAGAGAGAGGCUUUGGAGAGAAGAAUCCAGUCCUGAGCAACUCCACCUCUAUCCUCUUGUCUAGGACUCGUGAGGGGAGGCUGGGGGAGGCUGGGAUUGGCCGUGGGGAUGGGAGGACAGGGCCUGGUGGCUGGAAGAUGAUUUGGACCAGGCCCUGUGCUGGACUGAAACCCCAGGGGCUGGAGCCUGGGAGUCUUUUCCCUGAUGUGGGAAGAGACCACACCAUUCUGUGGAAAUUAAAACCAGUCCUGGG